UUGACUGUAAUCAGUCAUAAUUUAACAAGUUCUGACUUUAAAAUAUUGAAAAAAAAAAACAAAAGAUUCUUGUUAACUUACAAUAUUUAUGGAUUUAAUUUAUUCCUCUGAAAAUGGUACCUUUUUUACGUGAUUUUUGAAUUCGAUAUACAAAUAUACUACAUGUUCGAAAUUAAAAUUAACUAAUUUUUCAAGAUAAUUUGAUGUCAUUAAGUUCUGGUUCUAAGAAAAUUUUAGUUUUUGAUUUUGAAAUUAAUGUUUUGAGUGAUAGUGUUGAAAAAAAGGAAAAAAAUUCGCCCAAGAUGGUGAAGUUUUUUGAAUCGUUUUACGUCUUAGCUUGGAUAUUAGCAGUUGUUAAUGGAUAUUAUUUCAAUUUCGAUAAAGUCCCUGAUCGUAUUCUGAAAGAAGGAGAAAGUUGUCAAAUAAAAACUGGCGGACCAGGAGUUUGUACAUUACUAACAUCGUGCGAAGUUUACUUUGAAGCAUUGAAAACCGAAUCCAUCGAAUAUAGUUCCAUAGUUCGUUGCUCUUUUAAGGGUCAAGAUGAAGUUAUUUGUUGUCCACUUAAAACAACAGAAGAAUUAUUACCAGGAACUUUCAAAGGGGCAGAAGUAGUUACUGAGGGACCUCUUGAGGAACUUACACAAUUAGUGGCAGCAAAAACUCUGAAGGCUGGAUCGAUUUGUCAAACAAAAACCGCAGAACCAGGAGUUUGUAAAUUACUAUCAGCAUGUGGAGUUUAUUUGGAAGGAUUACAAAAGGAAACCAUCGAAUAUAGUAGUUCUAUUUUUAUUUGCUCAUUUAUGGGUGAAGAUGAAGUUGUUUGCUGUCCAAAUAAUGACUUACCCACAAAUCAUCACGUGCUAGGACCUAUUCCAACAAAACCUCCGAGAAUGCCACGACCACCGUUUCCUGGUACAAUACCAAUGCCAAGCGAAAACAAUACUGAAAUUGGAAGUCCAAACAAAAUUUUGAAAUCAGGAGCGAUUUGUCAAACAAAAACUGGUGAACCAGGAGUUUGUAAAUUACUAUCAGCAUGUGGAGUUUAUUUGGAAGCACUGCAAAAGGAAACAAUCAAAUACAGUUCUAUUAUUAUAUGCUCAUUUAUGGGUCAAGAUGAAGUUAUUUGCUGUCCAAAUAAUGACGUACCCACAAAUCAUCACGUGCUAGGACAUAUUCCAACAGAAAUGCCACCACCAACGUUUACUGGGACAACCCCAAGCGAAAACAACACUGAAAUUGGAAGACCAAGUUUGGUUUUAUACUUGCUCUAUGAGACACAAAUUAUUGGUUACGUGUACAAUUUCAUUGGUUGUCUUUAA